AUGGAGGGUAGAGUGGUGUUUGAAGCUUUGCUCCAAACCCAAAGGUUCGAUUUUGUGUCAGAUGGGUUUGAUUCUCCAUGGAUUUCCAACUCCUUUCAGGAUAACCCUUCAAAUCUUGAUUCUUCAAUUGGAAAGAAGACGAAUACGAAAAAACGGCUUUCUGAACAAGAGGAGAACUCCGAUGAGGACUACGAAAAGUGUUUCCGGCCAAUGAAGAAGAAAAGGCGAUUAUCGGUGGAUCAAGUUAAAUUUCUUGAAAGGAGUUUUGAGGAGAAAAAUAAGCUUGAGCCAGAUAGGAAAAUUCAGGUAGCAAAAGAGCUUAAUUUGCAGCCAAGGCAGGUUGAAAUCUGGUUUCAAAAUCGUCGAGCAUGUUGCAAGACGAAACAGCUCGAGAAAGACUAUGAGAUCUUGAAUUCAAGCUACGAUAAACUCAAAUCGGAGUUUGAUUGCCUCCAAAAACACAAUGACAAAUUAAAACACGAGGUUGAAAUGCUCAAGGAAAAGUUGCAUCAAAGGGAGAAAGGGGAAAAAGAUUCAAUCCCAAAUGAAUUCCCCACAAAAGAAUUGGAUUCAAAUGCUCAGGAACCAAAACCAUUAUUAUGA